GCGCUUCAGGCACGGCAGCACGCAAGCGGUGUCGGGCCGCCUUGACGGCUCGUCCUGAAAUUUAGCGCGGCCGCACGUGCCAAGAAGCCUCGGGGGUCCAUGGCGAGGAGGAGGCAGAUCCUCGCUGCAGCAUGGCACUGCGAGGCGAGUCACUGAGAAGAAGCGACUGCAUGACCGAGUUCAACCCCAACGAGGCCAGCUUCCUGGCGCAGCUGGCGCAGUGGAACAUCCGCGUGGGCAUCAUUGGUGGCUCGGGCAUCUACAAGCUCGAGGGCUUCGAGAUCAUCGGCAGCGUCAACCCCGAGACGCCCUGGGGCUUCCCCUCGUCGCCGCUCACCAUCGCGCGCAACGCGCAGGGCGUGCACGUCGCCUUCCUCGCGCGCCACGGCCUGACGCACAGCAUCACGCCGUCGGGCGUGCCCGUGUGCGCCAACAUUGCGGCGCUCAAGUGGAUCGGCGCGCGUGCCAUCCUGGCCUUCAGCGCCGUCGGCUCGCUGCGCGAGGAGAUUGCGCCGCGUGACUUUGUCGUGCCCAGCCAGAUCAUCGACCGCACCAAGGGCGUGCGUCGCGCUACCUUCUUUGGCGAGGGCAAGGACGCUGGCGUCGUGGCGCACGCCAUGUUCGGCGACCCUUUCGAUGAGAUCCUGCGCCCGCAGGUGGAGAAGAUCGUGCGCGAGACGCUGGCAAAGGAGGAGCCCAACGUCAAGGUGCACGGCGACAAGACGGCCGUGUGCAUGGAGGGCCCGGCGUUCAGCACGCGUGCCGAGAGCCUCAUGUACCGCGCAUGGGGCGGCGACCUCAUCAACAUGAGUGCGCUGCCCGAGGCCAAGCUGGCGCGCGAGGCCGAGAUCAGCUACGUGCUCAUUGCGACGGCGACCGACUACGAUGCCUGGCGGCCUGCCGAGGGCUCGGUGCAUGUUGCCGAGGUCGUCGCCUGCCUCGUGGCCAAUGUCGCCGCCUCGCAGAAGGUCACGGCCGCGCUCGUGAACCCGAUCAACGAGCUCGUCAAGAACGACGACUGCGAGGCCGUCAAGGCGAUCCGCGGCUCGAUGCGCUUCAGCAUCAUGACGCGGCCAGAGGCCAUCCCGGAGAGCGUCAAGCCGCGCAUCCGCUACAUCCUCGACUGGUACAAGUAGCGCGUGUGCAGCGAGAGGGGAUGAAUGGAGAUCAAUGACUAGAG